CACUAAGCCCCCGGGCGCCGGGAUAUGGUUGGCUGCGGCGGGGUCCUUCUUCCUUUCCUCGCUCCCUUGGAGUAGAGCUAACCGCCGAGAUGAAUGACACGGUGACCAUCAGAACCAGGAAGUUCAUGACUAAUAGACUGCUUCAGCGUAAGCAGAUGGUCAUUGAUGUUCUUCAUCCUGGAAAGGCCACAGUUCCCAAAACUGAAAUCAGGGAAAAGCUGGCAAAAAUGUACAAAACAACGCCAGAUGUAAUUUUCGUCUUUGGCUUCAGAACCCAUUUUGGUGGUGGCAAGACAACAGGCUUUGGCAUGAUUUAUGAUUCCCUGGACUAUGCAAAGAAGAAUGAACCAAAGCACAGACUGGCCAGGCAUGGCUUGUAUGAAAAGAAGAAGACUUCGAGAAAACAGCGGAAGGAGCGUAAGAACAGAAUGAAGAAAGUCAGGGGCACAGCCAAGGCAAACGUUGGUGCUGGCAAGAAGAAGUGAAGUGACUAGCAGUGAGCUGGCAAAUGGAAAUAACAGUACCAAGGCUACUUAAAUGAAUGUGCUUUGUUGUGGUAGCUGGUGCCGAGCAAACCCAACCCUCUGCUAUAGCUACUGGAGCAACUUUUUAAAAGCAGCCUGAGCAGUAUGUAUUUAAAACAAAGCAGAAUUUAACUAAAACAAGACAUCUGCUAUCCUUGGUCUUUAUACGGCUUGAAUAUUCUGAUAAUCUUACUUAGCUGGCUAACAAAGCAGUUGCUUCUCAUCUUACGGUUUAAUAAUUGUUCAUAGCAUUUCUAAAGAAUAGUGUCUGAAGCCCUGAUCUUGCUGUGGCCUUUUUCUGCACAGGACUAAUUGUUACUUUUCUAAAGGCCCUUAUCCUGCAAUGUAAAAUAAGCUGACUACAUUCCAUUGCAAAGAUAUUACAGGGCUGACUUUUUUCCACCCUCCUUUUACAGAGACUAAAUUAUCCUGCAAAGGUAACAAGAAGAUGAUGAUGAUGGUCUAUCAGAAGCUUGUCAAAUAAACUAUAUAAACUGAAA